GCGCCAUGAGCCGGCGGCAGGUGUUACAAGUGUUCGAGAUGUACCAGAAUGCCCGGACCCAGUUCGUGCAGACGGUGGCGGAGCAGGCGACCCGGCCUCAGAACAUCGAGACUCUGCAGAAUGCGGGUGUGAUGUCCUUGCUGAGGCCUCUCCUUCUGGACGUGGUCCCAACAAUUCAACAGACUGCGGCCUUGGCUCUGGGGAGACUGGCCAACUACAACGAUGACUUAGCAGGCGCAGUCGUGAAGGGCGACAUUCUUCCGCAGCUUGUGUACUCACUGGCGGAGCAGAACUGUGUCUACAAGAAAGCGGCUGCCUUUGUGUUGCGAGCAGUUGGCAAACACUCUCCUCAGCUGGCGCAGGCCAUAGUUGACUGUGGUGCCCUGGACUCACUGGUGACAUGCUUGGAGGAUUUUGACCCUGGAGUCAGGGAAGCCGCGGCCUGGGCGCUUGCCUACGUUGCACGGCACAAUGCAGAACUGUCACAAGCUGUGGUGGAUGCAGGAGCUGUUCCUCUUUUAGUUCUCUGUAUUCAAGAGCCAGAAAUUGCUUUGAAAAGGAUUGCUGCCUCGGCCCUCAGUGAUAUUUCAAAGCACUCCCCAGAGCUGGCGCAGAUGGUGGUGGACAUGGGGGCUAUUGCUCACUUAGCACAGAUGAUCCUCAACCCUGAUGAGAAACUGAAGCAACAGGUCCUCUCAGCUCUGAGUCAUAUUGCUAAGCACUCUGUGGAUCUGGCGGAGAUGGUUGUUGAAGCAGAGAUUUUCCCAGUUGUGCUUACAUGUCUGAAGGAGAAGGAUGAAUACGUGAAGAAAAACGCUUGCACUUUAAUUAGAGAGAUUGCAAAGCAUACACCCGAGCUUUCACAGCUCAUUGUUAAUGCCGGGGCCGUGGCCGCAGUCAUCGACUGCAUUGGGUCCUGCAGAGGGAACAUCAGGCUGCCGGGCAUCAUGAUGCUGGGGUACGUGGCCGCUCAUUCAGAGAACCUGGCUAUGGCCGUGAUCAUCUCCAAGGGUGUCCCCCCGUUGUCGGCCUGCCUGUCGGAAGACCUGGAGGAUCAUAUUAAGGCUGCGGCUGCCUGGGCUCUUGGACAGGUGGGGAGGCACACCCCAGAGCACGCCCGGGCUGUCGCCAUCACAAACGUCUUGCCGGUGCUGCUGGCCUUGUACAUGUCCACAGAGAGCUCCGAGGACCUGCAGAUGAAAAGUAAAAAGGCCAUAAAGAAUAUCAUACAAAAAUGCACGUACCUCCCCGCUCUCGAGCCGUUCCUUUAUGACACGCCUCCCAAUAUCCUGAAGUACGUGGCUGGACAGUUUAGUAAGGUGCUGCGACACGACAGCAAAGCUCGGAGGCUUUUUGUAACGAGUGGUGGACUUAAGAAGAUCCAAGAGAUAAAAGCAGAGCCUGGUUCUCUCCUCCAGGAAUACAUCAACAGUAUCAACAACUGUUACCCAGAGGAAGUAGUAAGGUACUAUACCCCUGGAUACUCAGAAACGCUUCUGCAGAGAGUGGACAGCUAUCAGCCACUUGCUAACUGAAAAAAGUACAUUUUUAUACUCAGAGUCACGGGAGAGUAAGAGUAACAGUUGUUUCUAAGAUGUUUGCACUAAGUAAUUCUCCUCUUGUUCAAUGUGAAAUGCCUUUAGUGUUUUCUGUAUUUAUUAAUAUUCU